GUAAUGCUAUCUACUGGUAUGUAAUGGCUUCUAUUGGUGGGGUGUUUAAUCAUAUUGGAAAAACGCCCAAAACAGAAAUGGGAUGAAAAAUGAAUUUGUUUUUAAUGGUUUUAAUGGAAAAGCUAAUGAUUCAUUAUACUAUUUUAAUGGGAACCUUCUGUGACGGUUUAUAUUGGGUUGCUCUUGUGUUUUUUCAGUAGGGUUGUAUUUACUUUUUCAUGUAAAACAUAAGAUUUAAACAUCCAUUAGUUUUUGAGCCAGGACAAACGGCACAGCUGGAAUCAAUAAAACAGAAAUGCAUCUAGGCGAUAUGCCACCGUAUUAAAUUAUCUGUAAUCUUAUUGUUUUUUAAGAUAUAUACUUGUUACUAACGGUCAGUUAAAUGUACUGAAUGUCGACGUUGGUGAGAAGCAGCGAUAGUGGCACUCGUGGAAAGCAACGUCAGUGACCCCCUCCCCCUCCAGCGAUUUGAUUCGCUUCAGUUCAGUACCAUGGUCAGCUCUCAGCGCGUACUCACGGGAAGUGGCUGUUGUCAGUAUACUCUGUCUGUAAUAUUCGCUUCUGAAUCUAAAGAUAUUUUUGGGAAACCUCAAGAAACAUCAAUUAGAAAUCCAUCUUAAAACCCUCCAUUUCCUAUUAUCCUCCUUUAAAUCCGUUAUGGUAAAGGGGGAGUUAAUCGAAGGAAAAACGUAAGCAGCAAAAAAUUUAUUCGUCGGAAGACUACUGGCUGUUGAGACUCUCGUUGAGGAGGAUCAAGAACUUAGAUUAAAAUGUUGGAUCCAUCAUCGAGCGAGGAGGAGGCGGAAGAGGUUGUGGAAGAAGAGCGCAAAGUGGCGGCUGCGCCCAAGGCUGGUGGUCCUCGGGUGUCUCCAAGCAGGACCAGUGAAAGCUGUGGUGGGUUACAGCCAAGCCGAAGCACCAAUGUCCGUCCGACGAGCCCGAGCCCUUCGGUGGCGAUCGAGAAAGAAAAGGAUGACUUGGAAAAGAUGCAAAGGGAGGAAGAAGAGAGAAAGAAACGGCUACAGCUUUAUGUCUUUGUAAUGCGCUGUAUUGCUUAUCCAUUCAAUGCGAAGCAGCCGACUGACAUGGCGAGACGACAGCAAAAGAUCAGCAAGCAACAUCUCCAAACGGUAAAAGAUCGUUUCCAGGCUUUCUUGAAUGGCGACACUCAGAUUGUAGCAGAUGAAGCCUUCAUCAAUGCUGUCCAAAGCUACUAUGAGGUGUUCCUCAAAAGUGACCGUGUGUCCCGUAUGGUCCAAAGUGGUGGUUGCUCAUCAAGUGACUCCCGAGAGGUCUUUAAGAAGCACAUUGAGAAGCGUGUCCGCAGCCUACCCGAGAUCGAUGGCUUGAGUAAAGAGACGGUCCUCAGCUCAUGGAUUGCCAAGUUUGAUACCAUAUACAGAGGAGAGGAAGACCCACGCAAGCACCAGCAACGCAUGACAGCUAGCGCUGCCUCCGAGCUCAUUCUCAGCAAGGAUCAACUAUAUGAGAUGUUCCAACAGAUUCUUGGCAUUAAGAAAUUCGAGCACCAGCUGCUGUACAAUGCUUGUCAGCUUGAUAAUCUAGAUGAACAAGCCGCACAGAUCAGAAGAGAGCUGGAUGGACGACUCCAAAUGGCUGAUCAGUUCACAAAAGCUGGCAGGUUCCCUAAGUUUGUGUCCAGGGACAUGGAGGCCAUGUACAUCGAGGAGCUGAAGUCAUCGGUAAACCUUCUGAUGGCCAACCUUGAGAGCAUGCCUGUCUCUAAAGGAGGAGAGUUCAAACUGCAAAAGCUUAAGAGAGGCCAUAACACCUCCAUCAUUGACAUGGGCCAGGAGGAUGAGAAUCAGCUCUCCAAGUCUGAUGUGGUUCUGUCUUUUACUCUGGAGGUGGUGAUAAUGGAGGUACAGGGUCUAAAGUCUUUAGCACCAAACCGGAUUGUCUACUGCACCAUGGAGGUGGAAGGUGGACAGAAGCUCCAGACCGACCAGGCAGAGGCCUCCAAGCCAACUUGGGGAACUCAAGGAGACUUCACCACAACUCAUCCUCUUCCAGCAGUGAAAGUGAAACUUUUCACAGAGAGUACAGGAGUCCUUGCGCUUGAGGAUAAAGAGCUGGGACGGGUUGUACUACAUCCAACACCCAACAGUCCUAAACAAUGUGAACUCCAUAAGAUGACUGUUACCAAAGGAUGCUCAGAUGACCUGAAGAUCAAACUGGCUGUCCGUAUGGACAAACCACAAAAUAUGAAGCAUUGUGGAUACCUUUGGGCCAUUGGGAAAAACCUGUGGAAGAGAUGGAAGAAGAGAUUCUUUGUGUUAGUGCAGGUGAGCCAGUAUACCUUUGCCAUGUGUAGCUACAGAGAGAAGAAAGCAGAACCUGUUGAACUUCUCCAACUGGACGGAUACACUGUGGAUUACACCGACCCUCAGCCAGGCCUGGAUGGCGGUCGGACAUUCUUCAAUGCUGUAAAGGAGGGAGAUACUGUGAUAUUUGCCAGCGACGACGAGCAAGAUCGAAUCUUGUGGGUUCAGGCAAUGUAUCGUGCCACGGGCCAGUCCCACAAACCCGUCCCCCCGACCCAGGUGCAGAAACUUAACUCCAAAGGAGGGACUGCACCACAGCUCGACGCCCCCAUCUCUCAGUUUUAUGCAGACCGUGCGCAGAAGCAUGGAAUGGAUGAGUUCAUCUCCGCUAACCCCUGCAAUUUUGACCACUCUUCAAUGUUUGAGAUGGUUCAGCGGUUGACUCUGGACCACAGACUCAACGAUUCGUACUCCUGUUUGGGUUGGUUCAGUCCAGGCCAGGUGUUUGUAUUAGACGAGUACUGCGCCAGGUACGGAGUGCGGGGUUGUCACAGACACCUGUGCUACCUGAACGACCUGCUGGAAAGGGCGGAGAAAGGCUCCAUGAUCGACCCCACACUGCUACACUACAGCUAUGCCUUCUGCGCUUCUCACGUGCAUGGCAACAGGCCUGAUGGAAUCGGUACCGUCUCAGUAGAAGAGAAAGAACAUUUCGAGGAGAUCAAAGAACGACUGCGCGUGCUGCUCGAAAACCAGAUCACACACUUCAGGUAUUGCUUUCCAUUUGGACGUCCAGAAGGAGCCCUAAAAGCCACAUUGUCGCUUUUUGAGAGGGUACUGAUGAAAGACAUCGUGACACCUGUACCUCAGGAUGAGGUGAAGGCAGUGAUUCGAAGAUGUCUGGAACAGGCAGCGUUAGUUAAUUACCAGCGUCUAUCUGAAUAUGCCAAGGUGGAAGGGAAAAAGAGAGAAAUGUAUGAACAUCCUGUCUUCUGUUUGGCGUCACAAGUGAUGGAUUUAACCAUUCAAAAUGUAGGCCGCUUAGCAACACCUGCCAAAAAGCUAGAGGACACACUGCGGCUGGCUGAGCUGGUCAUAGAGGUGCUCCAGCAGAAUGAGGAACAUCAUGCAGAGGCAUUUGCUUGGUGGUCCGAUCUGAUGGUCGAACAUGCCGAGACGUUCCUCUCUCUCUAUGCUGUGGACAUGGAUGCAGCACUGGAGGUUCAACCCCCAGACAGCUGGGACAGCUUCCCCCUUUUUCAACUUCUCAACGACUUCCUGCGCAUAGACUAUAAUCUGUGUAACGGGAAGUUCCACAAGCAUCUUCAAGACCUUUUUGCGCCUCUGGUUGUGAGGUACGUGGAUCUUAUGGAGUCCUCCAUAGCUCAGUCCAUACAUAGAGGAUUUGAACGAGAGUCUUGGGAACCUGUCAAUAAUGGUUCAGGUACCUCCGAAGAUUUGUUUUGGAAGCUGGAUGCUCUACAGACGUUCAUCAAAGACCUGCACUGGCCGGAAGAAGAGUUCGCAAAGCACCUGGAGAGUCGACUCAAACUCAUGUCUAGUGACAUGAUUGAGUCCUGUGUGAAACGAACAAGAAUAGCCUUUGAAUUGAAGUUACAGAAGAGUCCUCGCACCACAGACUUUCGUGUCCCUCAGUCUAUAUGCACCAUGUUCAAUGUCAUGGUGGAUGCCAAAGCCCAGUCUGCCAAACUAUGCGCCAUGGAGCUCAGCCAAGAGUUUGUUAAAGAAUGGAGACAAUAUCACUCGCAAAUUGACAAUCUCAUUGAGGAGACGGUGAAAGAAAUGACAACUUUACUUGUGGCAAAGUUUGUUGUAAUCCUAGAGAGCGUUUUGGCCAAAUUGUCACGUUACGAUGAGGGCACGCUGUUUUCGUCCUUCCUGUCAUUUACAGUAAAAGCUGCUUCAAAAUAUGUGGAUGUACCUAAACCAGGGAUGGAUGUUGCAGACAGCUAUGUGACAUUUGUUCGCCAUUCUCAGGAUAUCUUGAGGGAUAAGGUCAAUGAGGAGAUGUAUACAGAAAGGUUAUUUGAUCAAUGGUACACCAGCACAAUGAAUCUCUUGGGCACCUGGCUAACAGACCGUAUGGACCUGCAGUUGCAUCUGUAUCAGCUAAAAAUUCUCAUCAGAAUUGUAAAGAAAAAGUAUCGUGAUUUUCGACUACAAGGCGUGUUGGACUCUACCCUGAACAGCAAGAUGUAUGAGACGGUGAGAAACAGACUGAUUCUUGAAGAGGCUACAGCAUCUGUUAGAGAGGGCGGGAUGCAGGGAAUAUCCAUGAAAGACAGCGAUGAGGACGAUGACUAGAUCCUUACCGAGACAGGACAAUUCAGUCAGCCAUGUUUAUAGUGGCCAAUAUUGAUGCAUGUACACUUCUGUCCAUCACUUGUACAUGUCUGGAUGUAAACGUCAUGUUUAAUGACAAACAAGGGACCAACUUAAAUUAAAAUGAUGAAGCGAAAAUAUAUAUUUAACACAAUUAAGAUUGGAUUAUAAAACAUAAUAUAAAAUAUGGUAUAUUAACCUUAAGUUUUGUUAAAUUAAAAUUAAUUUACGCUGUUUGAUGUUCUUUGGGGGAAAAGUAAAAAUGUCUCAAAUUCAUUACUAAAUGUUUUUAAGCAAUAUGAAGUAUCAUAUGUAAACGAUGUUGUGUGAGAAGGUAAAGAAAUAAUGCUUGUUGUUUCCCUGUUUCAUGUAAAUCUGUUUGCUGCUUCUUAAACGUAUUGUACAUUAUGGGUACAUAACUGUGCAAAGACCUAUUGUUUCCAACAAAGUGUAGAAAAACUGACAUGACUGUAUUGACUUGUUCAGAUGUUUAUAUAUUCAGUUUACUACCACAAAAAGUCAAUAAUGAACAAUGUGCUUUUUCCACUUGAAAUAUUUAGGACACUUUUUAAUGAGUUAUAGGAGAGGUGACAUGUUUGUAGGUGUAGUUUAGAGAUGCAAUAUAUUCCCAUAUCUUAUUUGAGUAAUACUUUAAUUGACGUCAGCAUUUUUAUGUUUUUAAGGCAUUUAUAAAAGAAAAAUGUUAAAAAUCAUAUUUAUUCUGUAUAUGGAACAAACUGGCAAGAAAGUGAUUUGUUUGUACCCUUCAGUCUUAUUUUAAAACAUCCUUCUAAUUCAGUAGCCUCUAAACGCUUGCCAGUUUCCAUCAUUGACACUGUUGUUUUGUGUAUAUAUUGCUUUUUAUUCCCCUCUGUGCAGUAGAUGCAUGUCCCAGUUGUCAGAAAAAAUGAUCCAAAAGCUUUUGAUUUUGUGGAAAGUAACUGGUGGAUUCAUAUUGCGUUUGCAUUAUGUACACUCACAGUUGAAAUGCAAGAAUCCAGACUUACACAAAAUAAAAAAUAAAAACUC